UCACGUAGAUGUAUCGAUAUACACACACAUUCUUAGGAUACUAGAAGACACCACUUGUUAGUACCAAUUACCAGACCAAACCAUGUCUAUUACCGAGCUCUUAGCAUCGAUUUCCCUUUUACUACUCCCAAUCUUCUUCUAUCUCACCAAAAGUUCCAAGUCCAAAGCAUCAUCAAUAUCAUAUCCCAAUGCCCCGAAAUCAUACCCACUAAUUGGAUCCUCUUUAGCCAUCUUUGCCAAUAAAAGCCGACGCAUCCAAUGGAUAUCAGAUCUUAUCCAAAACUCCCCCUCUGCCACUGUUGUUCUCCACCGUUUCUUCUUGGACGAUAGCCAUAUUCUUACAGGAAAUCCAGCAAAUGUCCAACACAUGCUUAAAACCCAGUUUCACAACUAUGAGAAAGGUAGCAAAACUCGUCGGAUUCUCUUCGAUUUUCUUGGAAACGGUAUCUUUAACAUUAAUGGCGAUUCUUGGAAGUUUCAAAGGAAAGUUUCCAGCAAUGAAUUCAACGCCAAAUCACUGCGUAAAUUCGUCGAGACCGUUGUCGAUGCCGAACUCUCUCAACGCUUGAUCCCGAUUCUCUCCACGGCUGCUGCUAAUAAUGCAGUUCUUGAUUUGCAAGACAUACUUCAAAGAUUCGCUUUUGACAACAUAUGCAAGAUCGCUUUCGGGUACGACCCUGCAUACUUGCUGCCUGAUCUCCCUGAAGCCGAAUUUGCAAAAACUUUCGAUGACGCUGUCAAUAUAAGCAGCCAGAGGUUCAAUUCAGUGUUCCCCUAUCUUUGGAAGAUUAAAAAGUUCUUGAAUAUUGGAUCAGAGAAACGCCUCAAAGAAGCAUCCUCUCAACUACGUCAGUUCGCCAAAAACAUCAUCAAAGAAAAGAAGCAAGAACUCAGCAAUAAAUCAUCACUCGAAUCAGUCGAUCUCUUAUCCCGGUUCUUGAGCUCUGGCCAUUCUGAUGAAGACUUUGUCACUGAUAUUGUCAUCAGUUUUAUACUAGCUGGCCGGGACACGACUUCUGCUGCCUUAACAUGGUAUUUCUGGCUACUCUCUCAGAACCAAGAAGUGGAGAAGGAAGUACUUAGGGAAAUAAAAGAGAAAUCGGAGAGUCCAGUUUAUGAAGAAGUUAAGGACAUGGUUUACACACAUGCUUCUUUGUGUGAGAGCAUGAGGCUGUACCCUCCUGUCCCAAUAGAUAGCAAGGUUGCAAAGCACGACGAUGUUUUGCCUGAUGGGACUGUGGUUAAGAAGGGUUCGAGAGUGUGUUACCAUCCCUACGCAAUGGGGAGGCUCGAGGUUUUGUGGGGUUCAGAUUGGGAAAAGUUCAAGCCAGAGAGAUGGCUGGAGAGUGCUGCCGAUGGAGCUAAUAAGAAUGGGAAGUGGAGUUUUGUGGGGAGGGACCCGUAUACCUACCCUGUUUUUCAGGCUGGGCCAAGGAUUUGUUUGGGUAAGGACAUGGCUUUCUUGCAAAUGAAGAGGGUGGUUGCCGGGAUCUUACGGAGGUUUAAGGUUGUACCAGUGGCAGAUGAUGGUUUUGAGCCCGUGUUUAUUGCUGAUUUGACGAGCAAGAUGAAGGGUGGUUUUCCCGUGAGGUUCAAAGAGAGAUCUGAUUAAAGAACAAGAAUUCCCUUCAUUUUCAUCAUCUUUAUAGGGAUAAAUUGGGAGCUUGUGCCUAUAUAAUUAAUUGUCGAUAUGAUGGAUUUCAUGCAUGUAUGCAUGGAUGUAUGUAUGUUUAGUCGUUUGAUUAUUGAUAUAAUUAAAAGGUAUGAUUAUUGAUUUCGA